AUGAGUUUAAAUCCUAAUUUCAAUCCAAACACACCUGGCUCCCCAGAAUAUAUGAACGAGUCAGGUGAAAAUAAAAACACACACAAUUUUAGUAAUAUAAAUAAUACAUAUACAUAUAAAGAAAAUUAUUACAAUAAAAAUGGACCAAGCACUGGAUUAAUUAGAAAUAAAAAUGAAAUACAAUAUCAAAAACAAAAUCCUGAUCAACAUAUUCAAAAAAAAGUAACAGUAAUAAAUAAUGGAGAAAAUUAUACAGUUGCCGAAACAAGUGGUAUUACAAGAGACACGGAAAAUGUUAAAAAUAAUACUACCUUAACAAAAAUAUCAAAAAAGCUAGAUGAAAAAAAUACAGAAAAUUUUAAAAGUAUUACUCAUUUUGCUAAAUAUUUAUUUUUUAUAGCAAAAAAAAUAGCUACAAUAAAUAACAAACAUAAUUCAAGCUCUCUAAAUACUCCACAUUUUAAUGAAGAAAUUCAAAAAAUGCUAGUUAAACAUUUAAUAUAUAAAUUAAAUAAAAUAUUAUCGUCACUUAUAAAUUAUAAUAUUUUAGAUUAUAAUGAAACUACAAAUAUAAAACAUGAUAUUGAAUAUUAUUGUUUAAAAAAUAGUAACUUAACAUUAAACAAAAUAAGGGUCAUGUUAAAAAAAUUGGAGGAUAGUAAAAUUAAUUAUAAAUAUAUACUUCAUAUACUUUUAAAACUUAAAAUGUAUCAAGAUGAAGUUGGAGAAAAUGAAGUUACACAUAUUAAUCUAACUACAAACUUAAAUAAUAGACAAAUAGUACCAGACACAAAUAAACAAAAUGAACAUGUUGAAAAAAACGAGGCAAACACAACACGUCUAAAAAUAUCUAAUAAUACUGUCAAUCAAAAUAAAUCAAAUAAUAAUAGACUUAUUAAAUCCGAUGAAAUAGUAGAACAAGCUAAUAAUGUAACUAAUUUAUAUAAUGAGCAAAAUAUUGUUCCUAUCAAUAGAACACAAAAUAAUAGUAUUACUGAAACUGAAUCAAAUCAAUUAAAAACAAAAACUGUAACAACAGUUGUAGAAAAUGAUAUAAUUCACAAAAAAAAUUUCAUGAAUAAAAGUAUAUUUGCAACAAUUAUAUUGAACAAUAAAUUUAAUAGUUUAGAUAUAGAUGAAAAUUUAUUAUUAAGAGAUUUAAUAUAUCCACUUCAAGGAAUAAAUGGUGAAUAUAUAAAAUUUAAUAAAAGAGAAAAUGCUUUUUGUGUUUGUAAUAGGAAAGUAAGUAUGGGUAUGCAUCAUUUUAUUACUACCAUAAGUAAAGUAGGUAUACUAUUUCGUAAGUUACAAAAAUAUAUUAAUAUUUCUACAAACGAAAUGGCUAGUGAAGGAACUUCUUCAUAUAACACUUCAAAUUAUUUUGACAACUUUGAAGAAGAUGGUAUGUCUAGCAAUCCAUUUCAAGAAAGAACAGAAACUGUAGCCCUUAUACAGUCAGAAAAUAUGAAUAUGGGGGAUAGCUCAAAUAGUCCAAAUAAUAUCGAUGACGGGUUUAGUAGUGAAGGAAGCGAACUAGAUCAUGGACAUACAGAUAGUGUAACAAAAGAUGGAAUGAAAUAUAAUACACAAAUUUUAGGCAGAAGAAAAGGGAGUCUAGUGAUAGAUGCAUUGUAUCAAAUAGUUAGAGAAUAUCUUAAUGAAUAUUAUAAAUUAUUAUCACAUAUUGAAAGUGAAAUUAAUGAACAUAUACAUAAAAAUACUGUAUAUAUAGGAAUAAAAGUAUUAUAUGCAUUAUUACAUGAGUCAUAUAAAAUAUUAAGAGUAUUAGUAAAUGUCAUUGAUGAAUCACAAAGAUCUACAGGAUGUCAAUUUUUAUCUUUUGUAUAUUCAAAAUCACAAGUUUAUGAUUAUGAUGAAGAAAAAAUUUAUAAAAAAAUUUUACAAAAAUGUAUUAAGCCCAUAAAUUUAAUAUUAAAACAAUGGGUUCAAAAUGGAAUACUAAAAGAUAAAUAUAAAGAAACUUUUAUUUCUUUAAAUAAUAAUGUUACAUCUGAACAAAUAUGGAUGUAUAAAUUUGUAAUAGAUAUGAAUAAUAUUCCAUUAUUUCUCACCACAACAACAGCUAAAAAAAUUUUACUAACCGGAAAAUGUGUAUACCUUUUAAACUAUCUUAGUGUUAAUAAUACAAAGUCUGUAAAUUGGGGUGUUACUGAUACUAUGCCUGAUAUUAAAUUUGAACAAGAAAAUAAAUAUGAUUUUUUUGAUAGAUCGUCUUCAAUUCCAAUUAAUACAGAUAUAUUUUCCAUCAAUGAUUUCCAUACUUAUGUAGAAAAUGUAGAUAAUUAUAUAAAACAUAUAUCUAAAAAAAAAAAUCAAGAACUAUUUUCACUACUUAUAAAACAGUAUGGAUUAUAUGAACACUUCAAAGCAUUUAGGCAUUUCAUUCUUUUAGUUGAUGGUGAUUUAUUUGAAAACAUUUUUGAGAGCAUGAAGACAGAUUUAUAUAUGAAUGCAGAGGAAUUAAAAAGACAUUAUCUAAAUAAUAAACUAGAGUUAUGCAUAAAAUCAUCUUCGAUUUUUACAUCAAAUAAAAAUAUAAUUAAAAAAUUAAUUAUUGAAAAGUUUAAUGCAAAAAGAGGAGAUAUAGGAUGGGAUAUUUUAGUAUUAGAUUUUGUAGUUGAAAAACCAUUAGAUAUUAUUUUUACAAAUAAAAUUAAAAAUAUAUAUAAAAGUAUAAAUGUAUUAUUAAUUAAGUUAAAAAAAAUACAAUGUGAACUAUCAAAUAUAUGGUAUUUAUUUACACAUCUAUUUAAAAUUAUUAAUUUAAUUUAUUAUAAUUCUGUUUUUACACAUUGUAAUAUUAUAAGAAAUGAAAUGUUUCAUUUUAUUCAAAAUAUUUUAUCAUAUUUUUAUUAUGAUGUUAUAGAUAUGAAUUGGUAUGAAUUUAAAAAAAAAAUUUUUACAUGUAACGAUUUAGAUAUGUUAAUACAUGAGCAUUACAAUUAUGUAACUCAAAUUCAAUUUGAUUUAUUUCUUGGAAAUUAUACGGAUAUGUUAAAUUCUAAAUUGUCUCAAAAUUUAGAUAAUAUUAGUGGAACUCCUUUUAGUAAUACAUUUGAAGAAGAUACAAAUAAUUACUUAGCAUCAUCUUUCUCUAACGACAUUAAUUCUAAUUGUUCUCCGACAAAAAAUGAAAAUACACAAACUAGCCAAAAUGAAAAAAACAACUUAGGAAAUCAAGCGGAUACUAUUCCUCCAAAAAAUAUGGAAAAUGAAACACUCAUUUGUUUAAAUAAAAUUUUAGAUAUUAUUUCUCGUUUUAUAAAUUUGACAAGUUCAUUAAUAUCAACAGUUUGUGAAAAUUAUUCUGAUAUUAAAUCACUAACCGAAAAAAAAAGACAACAAAGGAAUGAUCAGAAUGCAGAACCAAAUACAGAUCCUACAAUGAAUGAUGUAGAUAUAGAUUAUAUUAAUAAUUAUAUAAAUUAUAAUAUUAUUGGUGAAAAAACUAUUAAAGAUAUUAAAAUGUUACUAAAAUAUUAUAGAAAUUAUAUUUACAAAUUUAUUUGUCUUUUACUUAGUGAAAACAAAUAUUUAUAUAUGCAUUCAAAAAAUACAAAAAGAGAUAAAUUAUAUUCUCUUCGUCUUUUAGCUUCACGUCUUGAUUUUAAUCUUUAUUAUGUAAAUAUUUCAAAAAUUAUGGAUUCACAAAAAAAUAUGAAGCUAAAUAUUUCUAAACAAAUAAACAUGAUAAACAAGUAG